AGCCUUUAUAAAGCAAGCACAGCCGCUUUCUUCAUGUCUUUCUUGGCAGCAGGACACCUGACGCGACUCUUCGACAAACAUGACUGAGCAUCCAAUCCAGGAAGGAUGAGUGCGAAGACAAAGAAAAAGACUCGGGAGUCCUUCGGGGCAACAGCACCGCCGUUCAUUGACUACCUGAAAGAUAUUCUACGUCGAUAUCCAGAUGGUGGUCAAAUCUUGAAGGAGCUGAUUCAAAAUGCAGAUGACGCUCAAGCCACGGAAGUGGUUUUCAUCCAUGAUGAGAGAAGCUAUGGGACUGAGAGCCUUUGGAGUGAUGAAUUGGGAGAAUACCAAGGUCCUGCUCUCUACGCCUACAACAAUGCAGCAUUCACUGAUGACGACUGGAAAGGGAUUCAGUUGGCAGGGAGGAGUGUCAAGCGCAAUGAUCCAAACAAAGUCGGGAGGUUUGGAAUCGGCUUCAACUCUGUUUACCACAUAACAGAUUUGCCAGGCAUAUUCAGUUCAGGGCAUCUUGGCAUCAUGGACCCCCAAGAAAAAAUAUUUGGUCAAAAAGAGCCAGGUUUUUGGUGGUCUUUGAAAGAUCAAGAGGACCAAGAAACUCUGACUUCUUUGCAUGAUCAGUUCCAACCCUUUCGAGACAUAGUUUCGCUUGUAAGCAGACAAGAAUGGUCAAAGGUUGUCAUGGAGGAUGAGCACUUUGACGGGACGAUUUUCCGAUUCCCCUUACGCAACAAGACAUCAGCUAUUUCGGAUAAUCUGUAUGACUCUGAUAAGGUGGUUGAUCUCUUUGAUAGCUUCAUUGCAGAUGCAGACUUAAGUCUCCUAUUCCUGAAAAACGUGACCUCUGUGUCCUUGAUACAUAUUAAUGUACAUGGCACUGUUAACAUCAGACUUGAAGUGAAAUCAACAGUUCACACAGAUGUCAUUUUGAAGUCAGAAGACGAGUCAAUCACUGAGGGUUCAACGAGGUUCAAAUCGAUAACCCUCAGCUCAGAAAACCAUAGAGAAACAAAGUGGCUGUUGACAACCUGUACCAUGAAAGAAGGCAAUGUAGAAAAUAUCGAUUCACUCGCAAAAAAGUUGAGCUUUUUCCCACAAGUUGACUUGGCAUUCCCUUGUGGUGAGACUAGAGGCUGUAGUAAAAGUAGACUGUGCUGCUUCCUCCCCCUCCCAAACAAUGAAUCCAACAAGACAGGACUCCCAGUUUAUGUCAAUGCAUGCUUUGGCCUCACAGACAACAGAAGACACAUCAAGUGGCAAGAGGAAGACCAGAAACAUGAUGAACAUGCAGUCUGGAAUGAAUUGCUGAUGAAUGAGGUGCUCCCACAGGCAUACCUCAUGAUCAUUCAAGAUGCUAUCAAACUUGCCCAAGAGUCCAUUCUGCCUGUCUCCUCCGUGUAUGAUCUGUGGCCUGAUAUUACCCAGAUAAAGCACAAAGACAAAUGGUAUGCUGUUGCCCUGAAUGCUCUUCAACACUUAUUCAGACAGAAAGUGGCUGUCCUCUCUCUUGCCAAAGAUGAAACAAUGUUUAUCACACCAGCAGAAGCUGUGUUCCCCUGUAAUGGUCCAACAAGCCCUAACAUAUUGGCCGCCAUUAAAAGGACUUUGGUUUCCUGUGGAGAAAAUCUUGUCACUUUACCAGACAGUGUUGCAAGAGCUAUGAAGGAAGCCUAUCCAGACUUCAACACCCUGAAACAUGUGACUCCAACUUACCUAAGAGAUAUUCUCCGCAGGUUUGGCGUGCACAUCAUGUCUCAAGAUGACAAGCUUUCUCUUUUGGAGUACAUUUUGAGCGACGGAAAAUACAGAGAACUGGAGGGUCUUCAGCUGCUUCCACUCAGCGAUGGCUCUUUCAGAUGUUUCACAAAUAGAGAGGAGGACACCGCUCUCAUUGACAGCAAUGAAUUUCCAAGAGCCCUGCUACCAUUCUGCAAACAACUCUUCAUCCCAGAUGACCUUAGUCCAGUAUGCAUUAACCACCUGAAAGAACUGGCCAGAAAAAAUUUAUUCAAGGUCAUCAACAUGGAUGCAGACCAGGUGGCUGAACAUACAAGAAGAUAUCUGCCACAGGACUGGAAGAAGACGAGGACGGGGCUUGUUAACUGGGACAUCAGCAACAGUCAACAUCCACCGUUAGACUGGCUCCAAGAAUUCUGGAAAUUUCUCAACACUCACUUCAAAGAGUUAAGUAAUUUCACUGGACUACCUUUAAUACCAGUCAGUCCCCUGUCUGUCAGUCAGCCUGUAUCACUAGCAAGAUUACAGCAGAACACAACCCUCAUUUUUGAGAAAAACAAGCAGAUUCAGUUGCCAGAACAGAUAGCUCAGUUGGUGAACAAAGUUGGUGGCACAGUGGUGAGAGGAAACGACUGGCUCAAGCAUGAAGACCUAGAUUCUUUUGUGCUGUGCCCAUCUCCAAGGAGUGUCAUGAAUGUCUUGGUGAAUUUAGAUUCUCGGGACCUCAUCAGAGAACUCAAGACUGUCUCUCAGAGAGAAAGAGAAGAACUGAAAGUUUACCUUUCUCGUCUGGAUUGUCUCUCAGUCAGUGAGAAAGAGUUGCUCUCAAAGUUGCCUCUGUUUCAAACCAUGAAAGGAACUUGUGUUGCGGUUCAAUCAAAACAGGCUGUGCUUCUGAUUUCUGGUCUAACAGUGCCAACAGAGUUCCCUAUGCCUGAUUCAGUUGUGCAAUGUGCAACUGAGGCUGAUCGCAGACUGUUAAAGCUGCUCAAAGUUCAUCUCCUGGACACAGCUGAAGCAGCCAAUCUCCUCGUUGACUCUAUUGAAAGAAGAGCUUGCAAAAAAGAAGACACUGAGAAAAUUAUGAUUUGGAUUUUACAACAUGGCAGCAUCCUUUUCUCUCAAAAUCAGACUUUGAAAUGCAAAUGUAAGGACUUGAGCUUCAUUGAAGUUAAUGGAAAACUAAAAAAGAUCUCAAGCUUUUUCGAUCCAACAAUUGAAACUUUUAAAAUCAUUUUUGAGUCAGAUUUCUUCCCACCACCUUUGUACACUCAAACACCACAGAUGCUUAAAAGUCUAACAGAACUUGGAUUGCUAAAUAAAGAAGUAAAUGUGUCACCUGACCACUUGUUGCAUGCCGCCAAACUGAUUGACCAACUGGAUGUUGACUCUCAAACUAAACUAAAAAGAGCUCAGGUGCUCCUGAAAAUGUUGGACAUGAAUGAUCUACUGUCAAAGUUUUCUCAAGACCAGCUCUGUUGCCUCAAAAUGCUAAAAUGGGUCCCAUGUGCUAAAUCCAGUGAGGACAAAAAACGCUGCAUUGACAAAUCUCAGAAAAGUUGUUUCUUCUGUCCAGAAGAAAUAAGAGAUUUUAUGUAUGAGGACAUUGUUGGACAUGUAAUGCCUCUGGUGAACUGCUCUGGACAGUUCAGUGACAGGGUUACCAGCAAACUUGGUCUCAAACGCCCACCCCCACCUGACAAAGUGGUAGAAAAUUUGUCAGUCUUGACAACAAAAGCAGAAACAAUGGCAGAUCCUGACACAAAUGGAGAUUUCAAAAGGAAGUUACGUAGCAUUUACGAACACAUGCAAAACCACAUCUCUGAAUUUACAGCAAUAAUGAACAAAGACACACGCUGGUUGUGGUGUCACAAUCAAUUUGUAUCACCACGGGAACUAGUUCUAGACUACCCAUGUAACCUAGAUCUGAGCUCUUACAUUGGGAAGGUGCCAGAUGAAUUUCGGCAAUACAAGACAUUACUCCAAAAGUUUGGCCUGAGAACAUCACUUUCAGAUGAAGAAACUGUUGGCAUUCUUCAUUCUGUCCAGGAAACCAUUGAAGAAAGGCAACAGCCAUUUGCAACUUCCUCUGAGAUAAAAGUGUCAAUAGAAAUACUUAACUGGCUGUUGAGAGGGAAGAAGAAAGUUCAGGAUGAUAUCCCAGUUCCAGUCCUCAUAGGGGAUGAACGCUAUACCCUUAAGCCACUGUCAACAGCAGUCUUCUGUGAUGUAAGCAAAAAUGGGCUGCAUGAGUUUGAGUACAACCAAGAGGAAAUGUACAUCUUACAUGAGGAAAUACCAAAAGCAACGGCUGAAUGGUUGAACAUCCAGUUUCUCAGUACCUACAUCCUCGAUCCAGAGUUAGUGGGAAUAGAACAGUGUGGACAAUCUGAACCGAUAACAACCAGGAUUAAAAACAUACUUAAAGAGUAUGAUGAAGAAAGUGACAUCUUCAAAGAGCUCAUUCAAAAUGCAGAGGAUGCCGGGGCAAAAGCCUGCAAAUUCAUGGUGGAUUUCAGAGUGCACAAAGACGCCCCUGAAAGUCUCAUCGACCCUGACAUGACUCUUUGUCAGGGACCCUGUCUUUGGGCAUUUAAUGAUGAGCAGUUCACGGCUGAGGAUUGGGCAAAUAUUGUCAGAGUUGGCUCUGCCUCGAAGGAAAACAAAAUGGAGAAAAUUGGAAAGUUUGGACUUGGUUUCAAUACCGUGUACCAUGUGACAGAUGUCCCCUCUAUACUCAGUGGGAACAGUCUUCUCAUACUUGAUCCAAAUGUAACUCACCUUAAGAAGCACAUCAAACAUAAAACAAAUCCUGGAAUCAAGCUGGAUCUUUCCAGGCAGCGACUUUUUCAUUGUUUCCCUGGUCAGUUUGGACCAUAUGAACACAUUUUCGAUUGUAAUUUCACCAAACAAAGUCCCUGUGCACCCUAUCCAGGCACCCUGAUCAAACUACCUUUCCGAACUAAAGAAGAGUCUGUUAAGUCAGAAAUAAGCACAAAAGUAUAUUACAAACAUGACAUCAUCACUUUUCAACAGCACUUCACUGAGAAUUCACAAAAUCACCUGCUGUUUCUGAAGAACAUCAAUACAUUAUCUCUGCAAAGUCUCUCAAAAGAUGCAUCAACUCCACCAAGAGAUGAGGAAAUAGCAAACAUCCUCGCCGUUUCCAAAACCACUCUGAGUACAGUGCAGAUUCCUGAUGAAACCAAUGUAUCAAAGCAGCGUCAAGCUGAGAAAUUACUGAUGAAACUUGAUGGAAAAUGCAAAGAGGUCAUUGAUAGCUGCACAGUCAGCAUUGUCCAAAUAACCAGUCAACAAUCUGGUGUUACUGAAGUCCAGUCCUGGCUCCUGUACAACUGCUUUGGGACACAACAGUCUUUGAAAAUGGCCCUUCAAGAAAACAAGAAAGCCAAGUUCUCUUUGCCAAUUGGGGGGGUUGCUGUGCCUUUGCAAAACACUUCAGAAACUGUGAAACUGGGCUCAUAUCUUGCUGGACAGGCAUUUUGCUUCCUCCCUCUUUCCAUUCAUACAGGUCUUCCAGUCAAUGUAAAUGGAACAUUUGCUGUGACGAGCAACCGAAAAGGUCUGUGGGAGAGUGGAGUGAAAUAUGACUGGAACAAAGCCCUUCUUCAGGAUCCCGUAGUGACAGCAUAUAUCACUGUACUCUUGGUACUAAAGAUGAUGUCUGAAAACAAGCAACUGAAAACGUACAAUUAUCACACGUUUUGGCCUGAUAGAGAAAAAGUGAGUGAUACUUUUAAGCCUUUGGUGGAUGCAUUUUAUUCCACCAUUGCCCAGGAUCCCGUUGGUCCAGAGCUUUUUAGUGAUGGAGAACACUGGUGCUCAAUGGACAAUGCCAUAUUUCUAGAUGCAAGCAUUGAAGAGGAUAAAGACAUCAGCACACUUGCAGUACAGGUGUGCAAGAAACAUGCAAAAGCACCCAACUAUGUUGUUCCUCUUCCGCUGUGGUUGAGAAAUAGCUUCAAACAGGCUGGCCUAGAAAAGGUUUUACAGAACAGAACAUGGAACUGGGAGAAGUUUUAUCAAGAAGUAGUGUUUAACAACCUUGAUACCAUGGACCCUCAGAGUAGAGAUACUCUUGUGCUGCAUGCUAUUGACCUUAACAACAAAGAAAUUGACAAUCUACUGGUCUCCUAUCCAUGCAUCCCCACAAAAGGUGGACAGCUUCAGUAUAUCAAGAAACUUGUGAGUCCGACUGGGAAAGUGGCCUGUCUUUUCGAACCAGAAGAGGGACGCUUGCUUGGUGGUACCAAAAAUGACUUUUGUUCCCCAAAAAGAAUUCAACGUUUGCAGGGACUUGGAAUGGCACAUGAUCUUCUCCCACUGAAAGACAUCACAGAGAAAGCAGGCACAAUUACCCAAACCUGGAGCACUGACAAAAAGAAAGCAUACGUGCAUUUGAAGUGCCUUCUUGAACUCAUGAAGAUUCACAUACAAGAUAAGACAAGACAAGACUCUCCCCACUGGGAAACACUGAGAAUGACUGAAUUUCUCCCAGCAUUUUAUCCUGGUGACACAAAAAUGGUAGGAAAUGUAACACUUAGAAGACCCACCGAUAUUUUUAGUGACAAAUGCUCCCUACUUGUUAACUUGACAGAACCUGUGCUAGAUCAUACCAACCUGAAAAUACACAACACUGAUCCAGUCCUAAAGAUUCUGGGAGUUCAUGACAGUCCAAGGCCUGAGACAGUGCUUCACCAGCUGCAAGAAGCAUGUAAGCAAUCUCAAUUCACUGAUGGAUCCAUGUUUCACAAAAUAGCAUAUGAAUGCUACAAGUUUCUGGAUGACUGGCUCAUUGAUUCUGAGGAUUCCAGUUUCAUUUCAGAGAGGGCAAGUUCAUUCCCAUUCAUUCUUAUUGGCAGCACAUUUGUGAAUGUGAAUCGUGUAGCAGAAGAUGAGCAAUUUGAAGCAAAACCCUAUCUCUAUGUACUUCCACCAGGCUUCACUAAGUUUGCAAGGCUUUGGAAAAGUGUAGGUGUUGCAAAGUGUUUCACAGUCAGUCAGUUCCUAAAUGUGCUUAAAGAAUUGCACUCUAAACAUGGCAACAAGCCCCUGCCAAAGAAUGAUCUAUCACUUUGCCUCACAAUCUUAGACAGAGGGAUAUACGAGACCAAUGAGAAAAUGACAAGUGACAAGUGUUGGAUACCCAAUAUACAUGGUGUUUUACAACUUGCAAGCCAAAUGUUUUACAAUGACAGCCCAUGGAUGCCAGUCGCUUCAGGUAUCACAUUAUGCCACGAGAAUAUUGCACGUGUUACAGCUUGCUACUUUGGUAUCCAAACUACCAGGCAUCAUACUUUGGACAAAAAUGAAUUUAAAAUGGAAAACAUUUUACCAUUUGCUUUUGAGUUUGAACAGCACGAACAACUACCUGUUAGAAUUAAGAACAUAAUUAAGGACUAUCCAUCAAAGAAGGAUAUCCUUAAAGAGCUUCUCCAAAAUGCUGAUGAUGCAGAAGCAACAGAAAUCCACUUUGUUUGGGACAAACGGCAGCAUGGCAAAGAAAAAACAUUUGGAGAGAGAUGGAAUCAUCUGCAGGGUCCAGCACUGUGCGUGUUUAACAAUAAAGUGUUUUCUGAAGCUGACCUAGCUGGCAUUCAACAGCUGGGAGAAGGAGGAAAGCGCAAUUCUCCAGGGAAGACAGGAAAAUAUGGAGUGGGAUUUAACUCUGUUUACCAUCUCACUGAUUGCCCCUCAAUCCUCACUGAAGAUAAAAGACUCUGCAUUUCUGAUCCCAAUCGAGAAUACAUUGAAAGUCAAUCAGACAAACCACGAGCUGGCAUUGGCUAUAACCUGGUUGAAACCUUUAAGAACAUGUACAUGGAUGUCUACCAAUCCUUUCUUCCUGACAAAUUCCCUCUGAAAGAAGGCACCAUGUUCAGAUUACCUCUAAGGAUGGGUAAUAUGGCAAACGUCUCUAAAAUAUCAAAGCAGGAAGUCACUGACCAUGACAUGACUGAACUAUGCUCUGCCCUCUCUGAAGAUCCUGAAGGACUAAUUCUGUUUCUGAAACACAUCAACAAAAUACAAAUCCAUGAAAUCAAUGAACAUUCAGGGGAACUCAAAACUAUCUUCAUGGCUGAAAAAAGUGUACCACAGACAAGCAGAGGAAGAAAAGAUGACUUUGUAAAAUGUCAACAAAAUGCCCUACAAGCUGACCAGCCAAUAUUGCCACAAACGGCCAUCUAUGCAACCACAAUUUCAACCUCAGAUAAAAUAAAAACUAAGUGGAUCAUUGCAGAACAGUUUGGCUCAUUCAGAAACAGUGGUGAAAGAGAAAUAACUCUAUCAGACAAACUUCCCCAAGCUGCAAUAGCAGCGUGUGUGAGCUGCAGCUCUAGCUGUAAAGGUUUCAUUGGAAAAGCCUUUUGUUCACUUCCUCUGCCAGGUGAAACGGGGCUGCCAGUGCAUGUCAAUGCAAACUUUGAAGUAGAUUCUGCCAGGAGAGGUCUUUGGAAGCAAGAUGGGCAAAGUCUAAAAUCUAACUGGAAUGAAUCUUUGAAACAGAAUGUUAUUGCUCCACUGUAUGCCGAUCUCCUUAAUUUCAUCAGCAGUAACAUUCCAGAAAAGAAAGUCCUUUCUUCUGAGAUUGAGUCAUACUUUAGGAGCACAUACUUGUGUUUUUGGCCAACUGUGUCUGAAAAUGUUGGUCAGGACUGGCAUGAAAUGAUACAUGAGGUAUACAAAUCAAUCCACGAAAGAGGCCUUAAUGUGAUUCCAGUGUUGAGGAGUUCAGUACGUGUAAUUGGAAAAGUAAAACUUAAGGAGUAUUCUUUUGACCGUUGUAAUGUCAAAGAAACUGAAUCAACUAAGGCACCUUACCUGACAAACUCAGCAAUUGACAGGAUUAAUCCCAUUUUGGAAGAUCUUGGAAUGACAUUGGUUCCCUUUUCCACAAAAAUGAAACAAGUUUGGAAGAGUUUCAAAUCUGCUGGCAUUGAAGUAAAAGAUGUGAAUCCUUCAACUGUGCAGACAUUCCUAAGAGAAAAACCCCUUAAUGAUCCAAAACAAACAGAUAAGGGUUUACCCCUGAACAUAACUGCCACUCUGAUCAGAGAUGAAAAAAGAUGUUCAGAGCUCUUGAGUUUCUGCCUCAAAGCCUUCAAAGAAAGAAAGAAAGAAAAGGUCACUGACGUCGAUUACAGUCUACUCAAUGGGCUUCCACUUCUUCUCACAAAAGAUAAAGUUUUGAGAGUGUUUGACACCAAGUCUCCCAAGCUGAUAACAGGAUAUGACAAUCUAUUCUGUGGCUUCGAGAAAGAAUUUGCAGAUUAUCAGACAAAUAAAGAACACAUUAAGGUUCUACAAACUUUCAAUAUUGUCAGAAAAUUGACAGUUGAGUGUGCAGCAAAAUAUCUGAAGCCCAUAUUUCAGAAACUUCUUCAGGACAGUGAAGUUGAUCCAUGCAGUGGCCUUCAUGUCGCAAAUGACACAACAUCGAAGUGGUUGAAAUUACUGUGGAGGUUCUUAACAAGUGAAAUAAAAUCUGCUGCACCUAGUACUGACCAAAGAACUGAACAAAGUCUGACAUUAAGUGAUGUGCGGCAGCUCUUCAGUGACUUCUACAUUUUACCAGUUGUGUGUCCAAGGUUAAACAACAAGCACCUCCUGCAAACAAUGAAAGACAUGCCAAGUGUGAUUAACUUGGCCUCGAAAAAGGACAUAUCAAGCAUCCUCUUUAAACUUGGUUUUAUGAGGCUUGACAGUGUAUUCUUUGGUGAAAUACAUGUAUGUCUACAGGCUGAACUUUUGGAUGUGAAUGAUAAAAGCUCUGUGUUGGACCAGGUCUACAACAUUGACCACUCAGAGUUUCCCAAGCUUUCCAAAGAUGAAAAGGAAGAGCUUCAGCGUUUCCUACAGGAUGGAGUAUCCAAGUCUGAAGACAAACAAGAGUAUCAGAGAAAGUUCAAAUCCUUACCAUUAUUUGAAACAGUACAUGGCACUCAUGUGAGGAUUGACGGACUUAAAGAGGUGUUUAUCCUCAACAGCGGCUAUGCAGUGACAUUGGCACAUUUGUUCACUCUGACUGACACCAACAGCAUUUUUCUCCACUACAAUUCACAGAACAUCAGACUGUCAGAAAUAUUGAAGAUUCAAAUCCUGAAUGAUUUGGAGUAUUUCAUGAAAUUCAUUCUGCCCGUUGUACACAAACUCACAGAGAGUCAGCUGCUUCAAUGCCUCAAACUAUUACUGACUCUCGAUUAUUCUCAGCAUAAGGACGAAAUCAUCUCCUCAUUGAAGACAGUGAAAUUGAUUCGCAGUUCUCAAGACAGAUUGGAGAUGGCAUCAUACUACUUUGAUAAGAGUGUCAAGCUAUACAAGAAAAUGUUGCCCCAAGAGAGAUUUGUGCCUGUAAGAUUUUGGGAUGAGUUGUGCGAAGGAAAUCAAGAAACAACAAGAAAAACAAAAAAGUUACUCAGAGAACUUGGAAUGAAGCAUGUUGUGUCAAACGAUGACAUAAUAGAUUUUGCACACCAGUUAGAAUCAGAAGCAAAAGUAAACCGCAAUCUUGAAGACUUGAAAGAGAAAUCAUCAUUAGUUUUCACAUCAGCCUUAGAAAUGAUGUGUGACGACAAAAACAAAGACGUAAAUUUGCUGAAGAAAAUAGCUGACAUCAAGUUCAUUUUUCCUGUGGCAAUUCGAAAAGACCUGUGCGACUAUCACCGACCAUUUGUUGCUGAGACAACUGCUGUUCAAAUCAGAGGAUCAUUGUUUGGAAAUUAUAGAAAUCAAGAUCUGGUUUGGUCUUCAAUGCCAAUUAUACAUCUACCAGUGUAUACACAGAAGCUCCUCGAAAUGAUGAAAAAUGCAGGAGCUCAUGCACAACCACCUUCACACUGUGUAACCAGAAACAUGAGCAACAUCUGUCAGUCACCCUGUAAAACUAAGGAGUUGAUCAAAACCCGUGCAAGUGUGUUUCGACGUUCAUAUGAGUACCUGCAUGACAAUGGCUUUGAGGGCCAACCACUGGCUGGUCUUCCUGUUGUGUUGGUUGAAAGAGACACAAAACUUGUGAAGACCGAUGAUGUUUGUAUCUCCCUCCCCGAAAGCAACGAGUUCCGACCAUAUUUGUACAGAAUUUCUCUGGAGGAUUUCAGGUUCACAGAGUUUUUCAGGAAAAUUGGUGUAAAGGACAAGCCUACUGCAGUGCAGUAUUGUAAUGUUCUGGCAGCAGUUUAUAAUGAUUCCUGUGAUAAAUCACAGCUAAAUCCAAAUCAACAGAUAACUGUGAAACGUGCUGUUGAGCAGUUUUUUCAGCUCAUCAAAACUCCAGAUAACCUGUCCCUUGUUGAUGAUGUAAAGACUUUGUAUCUCCCUGCAGUAGAUGGUAAAUUAUACCCAUCAUGCUCACUCUACUACAAUGACACAGUGUUUGAAGCCAAAAGGUUAGAAGAUGCACUGGAGAACAAGUACCUGUUGCUUGAAAAGCUCAGUGAAUGUCAUUUGAAAAAUGACAUCUAUGAGCAUCAUCGGUUGCUGCAAUUGCUGCCUCAGAAAUUCAAGCCUAAAAUGUUGUCUGAAUUCACUGAGGAGAAAGUAGUGGAAUCACACAUGCAGCUUUGUGAGUUUCGGACUGACUGUGAUUUUAGUACAUUUUUUGGCGAACAUCUCUCCUCGCCAGUAUUUAGACAUGGAUUAAUUUGCCUUAUCAGAGAGCAGUCUAAGGGAGAAAUAACACAAGAGGAUGCCAAUGACAUGUGGAAGAAGAGUUUUGGUAGUAUUCAGAUUGUCUGCUGCAAAAACCUGCAAACAGAGCUUUGGGUGAAGAAUCGGCCACUACACAAAACUGCAACUGCAACUGAUGUUUUCGUCCAACGAGAACAACAAGGUUGCAUCUUUUACUUGAAACACUACAACAACAAGGAUAACAAGGUGACUAUUGGCAUUACUAUGACAUUGACAAAGGAGAUUAAUGCUCUUUUAGGCAACAAAAUUGCAUCAGAUCACCUCCCAGUCCUGGGGGAACUUCUCAUGUGUGACAGUCUGGAAGAAGUUCAGAAAACUCUGGCUAAGAAUGGGAUCCAUGACAGUGCUGAAUCUGGGAGCAUCCUGUUCAAUCCACCAGCUCCCGGGACAGAUAUUACAGAGGAAUGGCAUGAUUGCUUGGACAUGGACCCCCUCAAUAACUUUGAAGUGGGAGAGUAUGUUGGCUACAGCACUAACAACAAGUACAUUUUUGCAGUUAUUGUUGAAGAACUGCCUGGGAACCCUGGACCAUAUUUAAGGCGAUACAAAAUUGAAAUUGGAGAAGAUGAGCCAACUGAAGUUAGUUGUCUUGACCUGUAUCAGUUUAAAAGACAAAAGGAACCAAAAGCUGAAGGGAAGUCUUGCACAUCUGCUGAAGCUCCUUGCAUGGAGCUGGAGCCACUAGCAGGAGCUGUGCCACAUUCGACCGGACCAUCAACUUCAAGGCCCUCAUCCACGAGAUCCUCACCAGCCUCUAUUGAUGAAGCUAAAAGGGAAAUUGACAAAUGUUUGGCAGAGAUCUGGCCACUUCCUGAGAACGAGAGGCUUAAGGCCAUCAAAAGACUGUACCUGAGAUGGCAUCCUGACAAAAACCCUGAUUACGAGCUUCUGGCCACUGAGGCAUUCAAAUACUUGCAGAAUCGAAUUAAUGAGCUCAACAAUGGCCAACGCAGUGGCAGAACUGCAGGCCCAUCCAAUUCAAGGGGAAACUCACAUUUCAGAGACUUCUAUCAGCAAUGGAAUCAGGAGGCCAGGCAACACAGGGAUAGUCGAGAGAGAUUCUCUAGAGCCCACCAUUCCUACAACUUUUGGUCCCAUAAUGAGAAUGUUCCGAGACCAAACAGAGAGGAGGCCCAGCGUUGGUGUAGGCAGGCCCGCUGUGAUCUCAAUGCAGCCUACAAAGACACUGGUGGGGGGAGCACGGAGUGGUGUCUGUUCAAAGUCCAUCAAGCAGUGGAAAAGUCUCUCAUAGCUGCAGAGUACAGAAGACAAGGUCAGCGUCCGACCAGCAGAUCCAUUUUAGCUAUAGCUUCAAAGGUUUCCUUUUACAACGCCCAACUAAGUGAUUUACCUCAAAUUGUGGAAUAUCUAAAGUCGUUGGGAGUGGACGGCAAAAAUACUCAGUAUCCUGACUGCCAUCCAUUUCCCCAUAUUCCAAAUGGACAGUUCAAAUCUGAGAAUGAAAUGUUAGCACUGAACAAGGCAUCUGAGCUUCUCAGUAAAGUAGAGGCAUAUGUGAAUUAGAGGUUCAAGAGAAGCUGAGUCAUGUUGAGUCAAUUUAAGGUUUUUGUUAAAAUGCUUUUAGCCAUAUUGAAACAUUACUAUGAACAAAACGACCACAUGAUCUGUUUAACAGGACAAACAGAGUAUGACUACGUUAUGAAUACUCUCAAAUGAAAGUUUAUUUUAUUUGCUGGAGAACAUAUAUCCGUUUCCAUAUAUCCAUACAAGAUCCAUAUAUCAUUGUUAUGAAAAUGUUAAUCUCAUUUUGUGCAUUGUCGGACCAGUCUAAUCACUGUAUGACUUUAUGAAAAAACAUAUAUCAAAGAUUUUUUUUUUUUUACAUUUAUAACUAUUAAUUAAGGAACAAUAUAAUCACUGUAUGACUUUGCUAUGAAUAUGAAAAUAUGAACGUUUUUUUUUUUACAUUUAUAACUAUUCAUUUUAUAAUCGCUGUAUGACUUUGUCUUUUUUUUUGCAAUGUUGUAAACCUUCAUGACUAUGACUUUCUUCCAUGUUUUAAACAUUUAUAACUACUUAUUAAGAACCAAUGUCAUCACCUAUGACUUUAUGAAAAUUAAAUUAUUGAAAGUUUUUUGCAAUGUUGGAAACAAUUAUAACUAUUCAUUAAGGGCCAAUAUAGUUACUUUACUUUGUUAUGAAAAUAUGAAAGGUGUUUUUUUUUUUGGUUUGUUUGCAAACAUUUUUAACUAUUCAUUUAGGACCGAUAUAAUUAGUGUUAUUUGAAAAUAUGAAUUGUUGUAAUGUUGUAACUACUACUUACUGAGGAUUGUUAUAAUCACUCUAAAUGAGAAAACAAAUUCUGAAAUUAAAUCAAAACUGCAAUUCCUGUUUCAUAUUUUAUAUGUAUAACUAUUUUUAUAUCCAGUAGACACUGUAUGACUUUAUGAAAAAACAUAUAUCAAAGUUUUGUUUUUUUUACAUUUAUAUCUAUUCAUUAAGGGCCUAUAUAAUCACUGUAUGACUUUGUUUUGAAUAUGAAAAUAUCAUUUUGUGCAUUGUCGGACCAGUCUAAUCACUGUAUGACUUUAUGAAAAAACAUAUCAAAGAUCUUUUUUUUUACAUUUAUAACUAUUCAUUAUAUAAUCGCUGUAUGACUUUGUUUUGAAUAUGAAAAUAUGAAAGUUUUUUUUUUUUGCAAUGUUGUAAACCUUUAUGACUAUGACUUUUUUUCUUCCAUGUUUUAAACAUUUAUAGCUACUUAUUAGGAACCAAUGUCAUCACCUAUGACUUUAUGAAAAUUAAAAUAUUGAAAGUUUUUUGCAAUGUUGGAAACAAUAAAUAACUAUUCAUUAAGGGCCAAUAUAGUUACCUUACUAUGUUAUGAAAAUAUGAAAGGUGUUUUUUCGUUGUUGUUGUCUGUUUGCAAACAUUUUUAACUAUUCAUUAAGGGCCAGUAUAAUUAGUGUAUGAUUUUGUCAUGAAAAUAAAAAAAUAUGAAUUGUUGUACUUACUGAGGAUUGUUAUAAUCACUCUAAAUGAGAAAAUAAAUCAAUGAUGAAACUGCAA